AUGUGCUCUACAAAUAUAUUUUUAUUUUUCUUUUCAAUAGUCGUGUGUAUUUGGGAUAAAAUGUCUGACAUAUUUUGUUCACAAAAUCUCUGUUUAAAAUCAAUAAGCUAUGAUACAACUACACCUGAACGAUUUUCCAGCCGACACUUUCAAGGGUUCUAUAUACGAAAAGGCGGACCGAUUGGCAUCAAGAGAACACGAUGCUAG